AUGACGGACAAGCUGCCCCCCAACCUGCUCGCGCUCUUCGCGCCGCGCCCGGCGUUGCGCUACCUGCCGCCGUCCGACCAUGCGCCCGAAGCACGCAAGACGAUGCAAAUAGAUGGCGUCGGCGGUUACCUGCAGGCCCUCAAGGACUACGAAGACGAUUAUAAGCCCACCGAGAGUUGGUUGCAGCGCAGGGACCGGCUAAAGCAAGAGAAAAUCGAGAAGAUUGAGAAGACUCUCACCGAUGGCGUCGCCAACUUCAAGCCUGCCGAUGAUCCCAACGUGCGCGGCGACCCUUUCAGGACGCUGUUUGUUGCCCGGUUGUCUUACGACACUGAAACCAAGGACUUGGAGCGUGAGUUCGGUCGCUUUGGUCCAAUCGAAAGGAUCCGCAUCGUACAGGACACAACCAAGCCUGAGGAUGCGCCUUCUAAGAAGAAGAAUAGAGGCUACGCAUUCAUUGUAUUCGAGCGCGAGAAGGAUAUGAAGGCUGCCUACAAGGAGACCGAUGGAAUCCGUAUCAAAGAUCGCAGAGUCCUGGUCGAUGUCGAACGUGGCCGUACCGUUUCUGGCUGGCGUCCUCGCCGCCUUGGUGGAGGACUUGGUGGACGUGGAUACACCAAGGCGCUGCCUGCCCGCCCUUCGGGCCCCGGUGGAUUCGGCCCUCCAUCAGGGCCCGGUGGCGGCUUCAGAGGAGGAUUCGGCGGCGGCUUCCGCGGCGGCCGCGGCGGCUUUCGUGGAGGUGGCGGCUUCGGCGGAGGCGACAGAGGUGGUGGUGGAUUCCGUGGCGGUGAUCGCGGAUACGGGGGUAGGUCGGGUAUCGGCUAUCAAUCGAACGGCUGGGGUGGCCAAGCGCCCCCGGAGGGAGCACCAGCAGGCCCUCGCGGCGGCGGGAGAUCGGGCGGCUACGGCGGCCGCGAUGGCCCUGGCGGUGGAUACGGCGGCAGCCGCUAUGGCGGCGACAGAGGUGGAGGCGACAGAGGCGGAGGCGAUAGAGGCGGCGGCGACAGGUACGGCGACCGGGACCGCGGCGCCAGCGGUAGCAACCGCGAGCCGGUGGGAUCGAGGCGCGAGUACCGCGACCGCGAUCGCGAUGGUGGGUAUGGCCGCGACGAUUACUCAUCCCGCAAGCGCGGUCACGACGGCGGCGACAGCUACGAAGACUCCAGGAGCAAGCGGAGGUACUGA